AUGGCUUUGGAUGAUCAUUUCGAAGAUAAUGGAUCCACAUCAGGUGGUGACAAUAAUAAUAAUGAUGAAAUGGUUGUUGGUGAUCAUAGUCAUAUUAAUUUAGAGCAGUCAGAGAUUCAAUUUAGAACCAUGGCUGCAGCAUUGGAAUCCGAAUCCCAAAUGUACCGACUUGACCAAAAGAAAGAAGAUUUGGAAGGACGUGCUGUUGAUACAGAGGAAGACUUUAAACUCCGAAAAUACUUUGAAGAUUCCCACCGUAUGUCAAUGGAAAAUGGUGUAAAACCAAAAAAGAUGGGUGUCUCUAUUCAUAAUCUAACCGUUGUUGGUAGAGGUGCUGACGUCAGUGUUAUUAGUAAUAUGCUUUCACCUUUUAAAUUUAUUUUCAAUCCAAGAAAAUGGUUUAAUAAUAAUGGUACCACUUUUGAUAUUUUACAUAAUAUAAAUACAUUCUGUAAAGAUGGUGAAUUAUUAUUAGUACUUGGUAGACCGGGUGCAGGUUGCAGUACCUUGCUUAGAUUGAUUUCCAAUCAACGUAAUACUUAUGUCUCUGUAAAAGGUGAUAUAAACUAUGGUGGUAUCAAAUCUGAAGACUGGGCUAGAUAUCGUGGUGAAGCCAUCUACACACCAGAGGAAGAUGUUCAUCAUCCAACCCUUACUCUUCGUCAAACUCUCGAUUUUGCAUUGAAAUGCAAAACACCAGGAAACCGUUUACCCGAUGAGACCAAACGUAGUUUCCGUGAGAAGAUCUUUAAUCUCUUGGUCAAUAUGUUUGGUAUCGCCAAACAAGCCGACACCAUGGUUGGUAAUGAAUUUGUUCGUGGUCUCUCUGGUGGUGAGCGUAAGCGUAUGACUAUCACAGAGGCAAUGGUAUCUGGUGCACCCAUCAUCUGUUGGGAUUGCUCUACCCGUGGUCUCGAUGCUGCAUCCGCUCUUGACUAUGCCAAAUCGAUUCGUAUCAUGUCCGACACCAUGAACAAGACAACUAUUUGCUCUUUCUACCAAGCGUCCGAUUCAAUCUAUUCAUUAUUCGACAAGGUUAUAGUCUUGGAAAAGGGUCGUUGUAUCUACUUUGGUCCAGGUACCGAAGCCAAGAAAUACUUUUUGGAUCUCGGAUUCGAAUGCGAGCCACGUAAAUCAACACCAGACUUUUUGACUGGUGUAACCAAUCCACAAGAGAGAAUGAUUCGUCCAGGCUUUGAAGAGUCUGCACCACAAACAUCGGCAGAGUUUGAAGCUGCAUGGUUGCGUUCUCCUUUGUAUCAUGCAAUGCUUGACGAGCAAUCCGCUUAUGACAAGCAAAUCGAAAUCGAACAACCAUCGAUCGACUUUGUUGCAGAGGUUAGAGCCGAGAAAUCUCGUACCACUUCAAAGAGUCGUCCAUACACAACAUCAUUCUUUACACAAGUUCGUGCCUUGACCAUCCGUCACUUCCAAUUGAUCUGGGGUAACAAGUUCUCCUUGUUUUCACGUUAUACCUCUGUUCUGAUCCAAGCAUUCGUUUAUGGUUCAGUUUUCUUUUUGCAAAAAGAUAACCUCCAGGGUCUAUUUACUCGUGGUGGUGCUAUUUUCGGUAGUUUGCUUUUCAACGCAUUCCUUUCACAGGGAGAGUUGGUUAUGACCUAUAUGGGACGUCGUGUACUUCAGAAACACAAAACCUAUGCUCUCUAUAGACCAUCGGCAUAUCACUUGGCACAGAUUAUCACCGAUAUACCUAUUACGUUUGUCCAAGUGACUCUGUUUUCCAUUAUCGCAUACUUUAUGUUUGGUUUCCAAUAUCGUGCGGAUCAGUUCUUUAUUUGGUUGUUCACUUUACUAGGAUCAUCAUUGUGUAUCACCAAUCUUUUCCGUGCAUUUGGUAACUUUACCCCAUCACUCUAUGUUGGUCAAAAUAUGAUGUCCGUCUAUUUGAUCUUCAUGUUAACCUAUGCAGGUUACACAGUUCCUUAUCCAAAGAUGCAUCCAUGGUUCCAAUGGUUCUUCUGGAUCAAUCCAUUCGCCUACGCCUUCAAAGCUCUGAUGUCCAACGAAUUUAAGGAUAUGACUUUCGAUUGUUCUGAGGCUGCCAUUCCAUAUGGACCAGCCUACCAAAAUAUGAAUGACUACCGUAUCUGCCCAACUAGUUAUUCCACACAAGGUGAUCUUAAAAUCUAUGGUACCGACUACCUCUAUGAGGAGCUCAGAUUCAAGAUCAGUCAACGUGCUCUUAAUGUCAUUGUUAUCUAUCUCUGGUGGUUGGUCUUUAUUGCCAUGAACAUGAUUGCACUCGAAGUAUUCGACUGGACAUCUGGUGGUUACACUCAAAAGGUCUACAAGCCAGGCAAGGCUCCAAAGAUGAAUGAUGCAGAGGAUGAAAAGAUCCAAAAUAAGAUUGUAGCAGAGGCCACCGGUAAAAUGAAGGAGACCCUUAAAAUGAGAGGUGGUGUCUUUACAUGGAAGCACAUCAAUUACACUGUACCAGUUCCAGGUGGAACUCGUUUGCUUCUGGAUGAUGUUGAGGGUUGGAUCAAGCCAGGUGAGAUGACCGCUCUUAUGGGUUCUUCUGGUGCCGGUAAGACUACUCUCCUUGAUGUCUUAGCCAAACGUAAAACAAUGGGUACCAUUGAAGGUAAACAAUGUCUCAAUGGAAAACCAUUGGAUAUCGAUUUCGAGCGUAUCACUGGUUACGUUGAGCAAAUGGAUGUCCACAACCCAAAUCUCACUGUUCGUGAAUCACUUCGUUUCAGUGCCAAGAUGCGUCAAGAUCCAUCGAUCUCUAUCGAAGAGAAAUAUGAAUAUGUUGAACACGUCUUGGAAAUGAUGGAGAUGAAACAUCUUGGUGAUGCACUCAUCGGUGAUCUUGAAACUGGUGUUGGUAUCUCUGUGGAAGAACGUAAACGUUUAACAAUUGGUGUCGAAUUAGUUGCUAAACCACAUAUUCUUUUCUUGGAUGAACCAACUUCAGGUUUAGAUGCUCAAUCUUCUUAUAAUAUUGUUAAAUUUAUUAGAAAGCUUGCAGAUGCUGGUAUGCCGUUGGUUUGUACAAUUCAUCAACCAUCAUCAGUAUUAUUUGAAUACUUUGAUCGUUUGUUACUUUUGGCCAAGGGUGGUAAGACUGUGUACUUUGGUGAUAUCGGGGAAAGAUCACACACUCUUACAUCAUACUUCCAAAACCAUGGAGUUCGACCAUGCACUGAAUCAGAGAAUCCAGCUGAAUACAUUUUGGAAGCUAUUGGUGCCGGUGUACAUGGUAAAUCUGAUGUUGAUUGGCCAGCUGCAUGGAAAUCUUCACCAGAGUGUGCACAAAUCCAUGCUGAAUUGGAUGGACUUGAAAAAACCGAUCUCUCCUUCUCUAAAGAUGAAUCACACAAUGGUCCAGCUAGAGAAUUUGCCACCAACCAGUGGUACCAAUUCUGGGAGGUUUACAAGCGUAUGAAUAUUAUUUGGUGGCGUGAUCCUUAUUAUUCUUUCGGUCGUUUUGCUCAAGCCGGAAUCGUUGGAUUAAUUAUUGGUUUCACAUUUUAUGACCUUCAAGAUAGUUCGUCUGAUAUGACUCAACGUAUCUUUGUAAUCUUCCAAGCUCUCAUUCUUGGUAUUAUGAUGAUCUUUAUUGCACUUCCUCAACUAUUCAAUCAAAGAGAAUACUUUAGACGUGAUUAUGCCAGUAAAUUCUAUUCCUACCUUCCAUUCUCAAUCUCAAUAGUAUUGGUUGAGUUGCCAUACCUCGUAAUCACAGGAACCAUCUUCUUUGUCUGCACUUUUUGGACAUCCGGAUUGCAAUAUAGUGCUAUCACAGGAUUCUACUUUUGGAUUUAUUUUGUACUGUACCUAUUCUUUUGUGUAUCAUUUGGUCAAGCAGUCGGUGCCAUCUGUGUCAACAUUAUUAUGGCAAAAUUCAUCAUUCCAUUGCUCAUUGUAUUCUUGUUCUUAUUUUGUGGUGUAAUGGUUCCACCAGAUCAGUUACCAAAGUUCUGGGAAUCGUGGACUUAUCACUUGAUGCCAAGCCGAUACUUCGUGGAGGGUAUCGUAACCAAUGUCCUCCAACAUGUCACUGUUGUAUGCACUGAAGAAGAUAAAAUCAAAUUUACACCACCACCCAAUCAAAAUUGUGACCAAUACACCCAAGUAUUCCAAACAUAUGCUACUGGUACUGUCACAGGUGGAAACUCUUCAGAAUGUAGUUAUUGUAUCUAUAAGGAUGGUAGAUCAUAUUAUCAUACCUUAGGUUGGUCCGAAGAAAAUGAUUGGCGUAACUUUGGUAUCCUCGCAUGUUAUUGGGUUUUCAAUGCUUUACUCUUAACUGGUUUCAUAUAUCUUUCAAGAAAACAAAGAAGAUAA